UAUAUUUUUAAUACUGUAGUAUCACUGCAAGUGUGGGAUGAAUGGUUAGAUAAAUAGAGCCGUGAGAGCGACAGCUUUUAAAGACUUGGUAUUUGGAAGUAUUCAAUUGAAAGCAUAACGGGAGGCACUAUGAUUAUAACACUGUUUGCAGUCCUGGGGCUGUUUGCCUCGUUUGUCAAUUGUAGCAUUGACAUAGAAGACCUGGAAGACGUGUUUGCCUGCAGUGUUAAAAACAAACGUAUUGCGUUUGAGGCUCAUAUGGAAAGUGGAUAUGGAUUUAUCCCUUUGAACAAGCCACUUAUUUUUCCAGUCUGUACACUUAACGAAGGCAAUGGUUAUGAUGUCAAAAGUGGUAAAUUCACUGCGCCUAGAGCAGGUGUCUACACGUUCAAUGCGCAUCUCUGUCACGCUGGUGGUAAAUAUAUGGUGUUUGCCAUCACAAAGGGCGGCGUUCAACUAGCAGUUUCGACAAGUUACGAGAAUAUGGCCUCUGGAUGUGGUUCCCUUAAUACCAUCGUGAGACUUAAGAGCGGAGAAGUUGUUAAUGUAGUCGCAAAAUGGACAGACAGUCACUUAUUUGCAGAUUUACACCGUUGGAUUUCCUUCACUGGCUAUUUUGUAUACGCUUAGUGUAACCUAUAGGUUGUUGUUUUCAGAACGAACAGAACAGUUCUGUGUUUUUCAGUAUGUACGUAUUAAUGCAAAAGCUUGUUUGUAAUCAGUACAUCAAUGAUCUUUGAACAGAUUAAUUAAAUAAACCACUUUGAAUGAAUAAUUCAAUACUGAACCACUACUUUUACACGUAUUACAAUAUACAUUUUAGAAUGAGAAAGAACAAAUAAAACUGUACUUCAUAAAUUUUGACUAAUCACUGUAUACUCUUGCAAGAUUAAAUGAAUUUCCCUUCUAAGACAUAAACAUUUUAAAUAUUGAAUAAUUAUGAAGUCAAUACUUAUUAAUAUACAAUAUAUGCAUGCAUAGCCUGAUUUUUGAAAGCUUACACUGUUAAUUUUUCAACAUUAUUCGCAUUUAAGGUAAGACAAAAUUAAAGUCUAGAGAUAACCAUUCAAUAUAAUUAGAAUGACUUUUAGUAAUAAACGAUACAAAGUAAC